UGCUUUAUGCAUUUUUCGUGUUUUUAAUAAUAUUUAUAAAAGUUUUCAUAUAAAACUUGCAAAAACGUUUUCCUUUAAUUAAAUAAACCUAUACACGGUUAUAUUCCAGUAAAAAAAAGAAACCUUUAUUACAAUGGGUGAUAGUAAGAUUUGUGAUAUAAGUGAUGAUGUGAGAGAUGAAUUAAAGAAAUUUCGUUUUCGCAAAACUACAACCAAUUCGGCUUUAAUAUUAAAAGUUGAUCGUGAAAAGCAAAUGGUCGUACUCGACGAUAUGCUAGAUGAUAUUUCGCUUGAAGAGCUGCAAGAACAACUGCCAGGUCAUCAGCCUCGCUAUGUUAUUUACACCUAUAAAAUGAUUCAUGACGAUUCGCGCAUAUCAUAUCCAAUGUGUUUUAUAUUCUAUACUCCACGUGACAGUCAAAUUGAAUUACAAAUGAUGUAUGCUUGCACUAAGAGUGCCCUGCAAAGAGAAGUAGAUCUUACUCGAGUCUAUGAAAUACGUGAAUUAGAUGAAUUGACCGAAGAAUGGCUGAAAGAGAAACUCAAGUAAAACAAAUAGUACAAGAUUUAUUUAAAAAAAAUAAAGAAAACAAUUAAGUAUAAUAACAACAAAAGACAGCCAAUAAAGCAAUAUUUUAUAAAAUAACAACAAUAUAUAACUAUACAUAUGUAUAAAAUGACCUCCAUAUACCAACGAUUAUAUACCAAAUUAAAUUUUUUCGUAAAAUAAUUUUAUAUAUAUGGCAAUUUUUUUAUAUUGUUAACAUUUAAGUUUUACUACUUUAAUGUAACUACAUAUUAGAAAAAAAAACAAUUUCAGGAAUUUUAUUUUCCUACUUUAAAAAUCUAUGUAUGUAUUAUUUUUUAUUGGGUAUAUUUAAUUUCACUCAUUUAAUAUGAUUUUCUUUCUAAUGUAUCAAUUAUUUCAAGAUUUUUAUUUUAAUUUAAUUGAACUGAAUUACUUUGUUCUCUCUAUCUACAACUCAGUGAACAAAAUACUUUUUUUUUUGUAAAUUUUCUAUUUGAAAAAUAUGAUUAUAAUUUUUUUUAUUUAAUUUGUUUUUUCAUUAACGACAGAAGCUGAGCUUGCCAAAUUUUUAAUAUUAAUAAGUUUUUUUUUAAUAUUACAAAAUUUACAAAUAAUUAUAAAGAAAUAUGUAUUGAAAAAUAAAAAUUUGCACUUUUAUAUAAUUUAAAUGAAAUAAAUAAUAUAUUAAUACAAAAUAAUAA